AUGGAGAUCGCAGCCCAACAUUUCAACUCCUCUUCUUCGCCAAUUUUUCUAGGUGUCAGCGAAUUAAACAGCAGCGAUCCCUUCGAAGUGAUCACAAGAGGUAGUACGUUGAUUCCGCUUGUGUCAUGGAUUAGCUGCUUCUUUGUUGCUAAUGGCAUGCAUGCGUGCGUUUGUGGGUUUGCAGCUAAAGAUCUCAUUAGCUGGGGAGCGGAUGCAAUCAUCGGCAUCGGAACAUGGCCCGAGGUCGCAACGGUACUAUCUCUUGCCGCAACACCAACCUGGUCAUCGACCAUGCCGUUCGUGGUUCAGAUGUCGUAUCCAGCCACUGGCGAGGUGCGCUGCCUUGCUGCCAUCAUAAGAUCGUUUAACUGGAGGCGAGUCAUCGUCAUCUACGAAAAAGAUAUAUAUGGCAGUUCCUCCGGAGUCCUCGCUCUCUUUUCCGAUGCUCUUCGAGACAGUGGUUCACAGAUCGACUACCAUAUAGCCUUCCCACCAUUGCGCACAGUCUCUAACGCAACCGAUAUGAUCCGCCGAACGUUGACGGGCAUUCCGCGACAGCUAUCGAAGGUGUUCGUCCUCAUCCGAUCCUCACUAGAGCUGACCGUGGAAUUGUUCGAGCAGGCAAACGAUAUGGGAAUGAUGGCCAAGGAUCAUGUAUGGAUCGUGAAUGACGACGUCACCGCCCUCCUCGACUCCACUCUCACCCCUUCCUUCAUCUCUUCCUACAUGCAAGGCGUGAUCGGAAUCAGCACCUACUUCAACACCACCACCAGCUCCUACCACGCCUUCUCUUCUGAUUUCCGGCGUCGAUUCAAGCAAGAGUACGAGCUCAAAGGGGAGCAUCUUUUCGAACCAGGGAGGCAUGCAGUCGGAGCAUAUGAUGCAGUGCACGCUAUCGCCAACGCAGCAGCAGCAAUAGCAACUAAGGCUGAGACCGGAAGUGUCACAACGUUACAAGAUGGGAAGCUGCAGCCUACUGGAUUCUGCAUGGAUGUCUUCCGGGAGAUUCUGAAACACCUCGACUAUGAUCUAAUUUAUGAGUUCGAAGCUUUCAAUGGCUCCUAUGAUGAUCUCGUUAAUAAGGUCCCUUCCCAGGAAGUGGAUGCUGUGGUGGGGGACAUCACAAUCCUAGCAAAGCGGGCAGUGAAUGCUACGUUUACUGAGCCCUUCCUCUCAUCCGGCCUUUCCAUGUUGGUCCCUGUGAAGCCUAACCACACGCCAUGGAUGCUCACGAAGCCAUUCACCAAGGAGGUGUGGUUUCUGAUCCUUGCCACCCUCGUCUACACUGGGGGCGUCGUCUGGUACCUGGAGCGCGAGAGCAACCCCGAGUUCCACGGCACUCCGUGGGUGCAGCUCGGAGCUACGCUUUGGCUAAUCCUCUCCAGCAUCUUCUUCGCCCACGAUAGGGUUUAUAGCUAUUACACGAAAACAGUGGUUAUAGUUUGGCUUGUCGUGGUGUUGAUCUUGACGACCAGCUUCACGGCCAACCUCAGCUCCAUUUUAAUCAUUGAGAAGCUGGAACCGGUGCCACCAGGCGGUAGGGUUGGCUGUGAUGGAGACUCGUUCGUUCUCAAGUACCUUCAGCAAGUGUUGCUCUAUAACAAUAGCAGAAUUGAGACGAUUGGCGAACCAGAAGAAUACGUCAAAGCCUUCAAGAGUGGGAACAUCACGGCGGCCUACCUCGAGACGCCGUAUCUCAGGGUCUUCCUCUCCCAGCAUCAAGAUUUCAGUGUCACUGGGGAGACACACAGGCUCGGAGGCUUGGGCUUUGUGUUCCCGAAACAUUCUCUUCUGGCGGACGACUUCUCCGAAGUCAUACUACAACUAGCAGAGAACGGGAGACUGAAAGAGCUGGAAAACAAAUGGUUCACCUUUACCUUGUCCAACUCCCCCCCACUGGACGACAAGAGGGAGAGAGACAGCCUCGGCCUGGACUGCUUCUGGGCACUUUUCCUCUUCACGGGCUGCACCUCCACCAUCGUCUUGCUUCUGAACGGGACCGGCACAUCGGUAGCAGUCCUGCGCCGCAGCUUUAUGGUGCUUUGGCGUUCCACCAGAAAUCUCAGUCCAAGAGAAGGUUUAGAGCUUCCCAAGUUGGUACCGAUAUCUUCACACCAAGAAGAUAAUCAUCAUGCAAACACUACUGAUAUCGUUUAA